AUGAAGACUACCUCAGCCGCCGCACUUGCCCUUAUUCUGGGAUGGACCCAAGUUCUCGCCAGACCAGUGAAUGACCCAAACAUCGAUAUCCGCGAUGCAACCACCAAUUCUUCACCCGUUGCGGCUGAAUCGCGACCACUGGAGCCUGACCGCCAAGCAUUGAAUCCAUUCCUAGGCGACGACAUGAACUCCAUCAAGAACGACAAUCCCGACCCGAAGACCAAGAUUUAUCCCAAAAGGUCGGAGAAGGACGCACCCUACUCCAGAUCCGAGAGAGACCUGAAGGCCAGCAUUUACAUCCCGAAGACCUUUUCCGCAUCAUCAAACAAGCAGCCCGUUAUUCUAGUCCCGGGCACCGCUGCGAUGGCUGGUACGACGUAUCGUGCGAAUCUCGGCCCUCUUCUGGCCAAAUCCGACUUUGCCGACCCCCUCUGGGUUAACAUUCCCGAUGCCUCGCUGGACGAUGCUCAGGAGAAUUCGGAAUAUGUUGCCUACGCCAUCAACUAUGUGCAAGACAUGACUGGCAAGAAGCCAGCUGUCGUUGCUUGGAGUCAAGGAAACCUCAACGUACAAUGGGCCUUGAAGUAUUGGCCCAGCACCAGGGAAGCCGUGACCGAUCUUGUGUCAAUGAGCCCCGACUUUCACGGAACCAAGGAAGCAUUCGCGGCUUGCAAGACUCCAGCAGCUAUCAUUGGCUGCACUCCCAGCGUCUACCAACAGAUGUAUGAUUCCAAGUUCGUCCAGACACUCCGUGCAAACGGUGGUGACAGUGCCUAUGUUCCCACAACUUCUCUUUUCAGCGCAACGGAUGAGGUUGUUCAACCGCAGUCGGGUCCGAUCGCCUCAGCCAUUCUCAAGGACGGCAAUGGCGUCGAAGUCAGCAACAUCGAGGUCCAGAAAGCUUGUCCCGCCACACCCGCCGGCGGCGAAGUCACUCACGAAGGCAUGCUUUACAACUCACUGGCAUUUGCUCUUCUGAGAGACGCCCUUACCAAUGAGGGACCUGGCAAGCUCGAACGCAUCGAUAAGAAGAUCUGCGCCGACCCUGCUGCUGGCAAGCUUGACGCCCUCGAGAUCAAGGCGACGGAGGCCGUCUUGGUUGACGCCGGGGCGAACGUGCUUGCUUACCCCAACAAGGUCAAGCGUGAGCCCGCUAUCAAGGACUACGCCAAGGCCUAA